AUGUCACAGUCAGCAGCAACUUCAUUGACGACCUCAGUUCCCACUCUCACCAGUACUAUCGCUCAGGCCACAGCAGAACCAUCCGCCACCGACCUGGCGUUCAUAAUUGGACUGGCGAUCAUUCUGCUUGCGUCUAUUCUGAAUGCUGCUGGUCUAAAUAUCACAAAGUUGGAUCAUGUGCGGACGAGCACCAUUCCAAAGUCAGCCCGCAGGCGAGACUGGCUACGACCGCUAUGGCUUCUAGGCAUCGUUUUAUAUAUUCUAUCCCAGCUCAUAGGAAGCACGCUUGCCUUGGAUUAUAUGAGGGCAGAAUAUGUCGCCCCUCUCGGAUCUACAUCUCUCAUAUUUAAUUUCCUAUUCGCUAGAUUUUUAAUUGGGACCCCAGUCACACAAACAGACAUCUAUGGUACGCUGAUCGUGGUACUCGGCGUAAUCGGUAUCGUUGCCUUUGGAGGUGUCAACAGUGGUCUGUCAACAGAAACGGAUGUCAACCAUCUCACAGCUCUAUGGCAGCGUGGUGGUUGGCUUGGAUUCUUUUUCUGCAUGUCCGUGGCCCUCAUUCUCGUCCUCAUUUUCACCAGUUCCCUGGAUGAUGUUCUCGCUGCACGGUCAGACUUGGACUCGGAACCUUUUGCGGGCAUGAGCACACGGAGGUCGCACGAAUCAAGCACUACUUACCUUGGAAAAGUCAAGAACAACUGGAAUGCAUGGAUGUUAUGGGUCAAGGAAAAGUUAGAAACUUGGACUGCGCCUCAGGAUGAUACGCAAGUCGCAUGGGUGCUUGGAAUUGGUUGGGCGUGCUGUGGGGGUGGACUUGCUGGAGGAUGUCUGGUUUUCGCCAAAGCCACCGUGAAGUUACUCACAGGAAGCCUGUCGCACGAGAACCCAGGAAACCAAUUUGGCCAUCUAGCUCCCAUAUUCACAAUCAUUCUACUCGUAAUCACGGCUGUACUUCAGAUCAUCUGUCUAAACCGUGGACUUAAGGUUUAUGACUCCACUCUCGUUGUCCCAGUUUUCUACGGCGUUUAUACUGCAACUGGUUUUCUGGACUCGUUAGUGUUCAACAACGCAGUUGAUGCCUACAAGCCAUGGGUACUCUUCCUGAUCUUCGCCUCAAUAAUGAUCCUUAUCUCCGGCGUGGUCCUUCUAACACAUAAAAAACCCGAACGAUCGACUCGUGCGCCUGCUGCCACUGCGCUGUCUGGCUUGUCAUCUCGCAAGGCUGCUCGGUCCUCUUCAAAAGUCAAUCGUAUAGAUGAAGACGAUGACGAUGACGAAGAGCAAGCUUUGAGAAAAACAGAAGAAGGUGAGGAGGAUCGGGCAGUGCUAUGGCAAGUGGGAGAUAUUAGCGAGGAUGAGGAUGACCAAGUUGGCAAAGGACAUACGCCAAGAGGUGUGCACGUAGCUGGAAACACGACACGUGUCACUGGAGAAGGAUCCAUGCUGAUGCGAGGUGAGGAAGUGAACUUCGAACAAUCACACGAACACAGUCACUCGAUUUCCUCAGAUACGACACUGGCUCAGAAUCCGCAGGAUCCAUUCCACGAUGAUGACGACGAGGAGUUUGGGCAGUGGAAAUGAUGGAUACUGUUCAUGAUACAACCUUAUACCCCAAAGUUGGACUGCACAUAUAUGCAAUGUGUUCAUAAUUGCUUCACCGUAGAUACAUUACUAUUUACCGGAACACUACAUUCGCACGCGUCUAAUACU